UUCACAGUCUUCGUCUUCAUACAUCCGUCGGUUUCUCUCUCUUCUUAAUUCAGUUUGGUUGAGAAUUGAAUUAGGUUUUCAGCUCAGAUACAGAUUCCACUUUUCUACUACACCACUUCAAAUUGAUUUGUUCCUUAUGUGUAAUCACCUAUAUAUCGGUGAACUCUGAACAUCGGCUUAAUCUCUUUAUUUGAUUUGAUUCUCGUCAUGACUAGCGUAGUAGGGCUUGCAGGAUGGGAGAUUCAUGGAUUCCGUUCUAUGAAAGAUUUGGAUAUUGACAGCGUACUGGAGGAAGCUAAGUCAAGAUGGCUCCGGCCAAAUGAGAUUCACGCUAUACUCUGCAAUUAUAAGUACUUCACCAUCCAUGCGAAGCCAGUGACCUUGCCUGAAAGUGGUAGAAUUGUGCUGUUUGACCGAAAGGUGCUUCGGAACUUUCGGAAGGAUGGUCAUAAUUGGAAGAAGAAAAAUGAUGGGAAGACUGUCAAGGAAGCACAUGAACACCUAAAAGUUGGCAAUGAUGAAAGAAUCCAUGUUUACUAUGCCCAUGGUGAAGAUAAUCCAACCUUUGUUCGGAGAUGCUAUUGGCUACUCGAUAAGACAAUGGAACAGAUAGUUCUUGUCCAUUACCGUGAAACACGAGAGGGCUCUCCUGUCACAUCUACAAAUUCAAUAUCUAGUUCAGGCCUUUCUGAUCCAACUGCUUCUUGGAACUUAUCAGAUGUAAAUGGCUCUCCAGCUGAGCAGGCAUAUUGCAGUGUUAACAGAAAGCUUAUAGUGCCUGGUGAUUGUGUGACACUGGGAAAUUAUGAAAGUAAGCUACAUGAGAUCAAUACACUGGACUGGGAAGAGCUUUUGGUACCGGAUGAUCCACAGAAGCCGAUCAUUCCUGAUGUAGGACAAUCUCCAUACUUUCCACAACAAGAUCUAUUUGCAUCUAACCAAUCUACUCCAAACAGUAGCAUUGCUUCGACCAACAUGGUACCCAUAGAAAAUUCCUUUAAUGGUUCUCAACAUCUGACAGGAGGCAUGAAUAAUUCUCUAGGCGUUGUGCCAAAUGAUGGAUUACAAACUCAAGAUAGUUUUGGGAGGUGGAUAAACAACAUAAUGACCGACUCUCCAGAAGCUGUAAAUAAUCAUUGGCUGGAAUCCUCAAUUCAAAGUGACCUUAACUCACUUAUUUCUCCAGCAUCAGAAAUUCUCCAAUCAUCUAUUUCAGGGCAAAUAUUCACUAUAACUGAUGUGUCUCCUGCUUGGGCUUUCUCUGAUGAAGACACCAAGAUCCUCGUCACAGGACUUUUUCAUGAAGGAUAUUCAAGCAUGGCUAAAUCCAGUUUAUAUUGUGUGUGUGGAGAUGCAUAUGGUCCAGUCGAGAUUGUCCAACCCGGAGUUUUCCGGUGCUUGAUUUCACCGAAUAACCCUGGACUUGUAAAUUUAUACUUGAGUAUUGAUAGUUGCAAACCCAUUAGCCAAGUCAUGACAUUUGAAUAUCGUGCACCCAUGAUACAUAACCAAAUAAGUUUCACUCAAGAGAAGUGGGAAGAAUUCCAGGUCCAAACUAGGCUUUUUCAUUUGCUAUUCUCUACCACAAAAGGCCUCAAUAUCUUAACUAGUAAGGUCCAGAAAACUUACUUGAAAGAAGCCAAAUUUUUUGCACGCAAAGCUUCCCACAUUGCGGAAGAAUGGGGUUCUGUAAUAAAAUCUGUUGGAAGUACGCAUAUUGCAUAUCAACAUGUAAAAGACAGCGUCUUAGAGCUUACUCUGAAGAAUAAAGUGUACGAGUGGCUGAUGGAAAGAAUAGUUGAUGGGCAUAAAAUAUCCAAUCAUGAUGAAAACGGGCAAGGAGUUCUCCACUUGUGUGCUAUCCUCGGUUACACAUGGGCAGUCCAUGCAUUUUCUUGGUCCGGAUUUUCGCUGGAUUAUCGAGAUAAAUUUGGGUGGACAGCUUUGCAUUGGGCUGCCUACUAUGGAAGGGUGGAAAUGGUUGCAAAACUUUUAUCAGCUGGAGCAAAGCCAAGUCUAGUAACAGAUCCAACUCCAGAAGUUCCUGGAGGAUGUAUUGCAGCUGAUCUUGCAUCUCAGGGUGGCCAUGACGGUUUGGCAGCUUAUCUAGCGGAAAAGGGUUUAGUUCAACACUUUAAAGACAUGACGCUAGCUGGAAACGCAAGUGGCUCGCUUGAAACUGCUAAUAUCGAUUCAGGAAACCUUCAGAACCUGACCGAAGAAGAGCUGUUCCUUAAGGAUACACUGGCAGCUUACAGGACUGCGGCAGAUGCAGCAGGACGCAUACAAUCUGCAUUCAGGGAACACUCCCUGAAACUGCGGACGGAAGCUGUCGAGAGUGCAAGCCCAGAGGAGGAAGCUCGCAACAUAAUUGCUGCCAUGAAGAUCCAGCACGCUUUCCGAAAUUUCGAAACGCGAAAAAAGGUUGCUGCAGCUGCCAGGAUACAGCACAGGUUCCGUACUUGGAAGUUACGACAAGAUUUCCUUAAUAUGCGUCGUCAAGCCAUCAAGAUUCAGGCGAUGUUUAGGAGAUUCCAAGCUCGUAGGCAAUAUCAGAAAUUAGUAUGGUCGGUUGGAGUGCUUGAGAAAGCGAUUCUAAGGUGGCGAUUAAGGAGAAAGGGAUUUCGCGGGCUUCAAGUUAUCCCUGAAGAACCGGAAAAUAAGAAGAAAGAAAGUGUCGCGGAGGAGGACUUCUUUCAAGCGAGCAGGAAACAAGCUGUAGAGCGUGUGGAGAGAUCAGUAAUAAGGGUGCAGGCACUGUUCAGGUCAAAGAAGGCACAAGAAGAAUAUAGAAUAAUGAAGCUAACACAUGAUAAUGCUAUACUGCAAAGUGUACUGGACAGCAGCAGCAACACAGAAGAUAUGGAAUAACAAUUCCAAUGGUAAGUUUUUAUCGGCUUUUCUUCAUGGCUAACAUUUUCUUGUCUAGUCCAGCUUGUAAUAUGUAUGUUGUGUCAUAGUCAUGCAUUUUUAGGGUAGUGGUUCUAUGAGAACGACAAACUUGUCAUUUCUUAGUGGUCUUGUAUUUGUUCUCGCUUGUAUUGUAAUGUGUAAAAUGGAAAACCCCGAUAAAAAAUUAUAGUGGGAUGUAACUUAGUUGUCUUGUAAGUUUUCUUUAUUAAA